AUGUCUCUCGGACAACCUGCCGGCGCCAGUCCCGUCGACACAUCCAUCUUUGUCGUGCGCCAGCUUUCUCCCACACCUGUCAAGCCUGUCAGCGUAAGAUUCUACCCGGCCGUAAAUUUUGAUCUACACUCUCCCCUCCCUCAAGCGGAGUCGGACUUGGGUUCCGGCAAUCUCCGUCCCAGUCCCAUGGAGCAACUCAACACUACCUGCUUCCCCGAAUCCACUGGCCACGAUAUCUUCAAUUCUUGA